AUGCUUGGGCUUUCAUCUGCAGCUGGAAGCUGGCCCAUUUUGAAUAAGGAUCCAGCUGUAUUUUCCUUAGCAGUUUCUAGAAUAGUGCCACAAUUUACAUCUACUGAUAUUGUCAUGUACAAUAAUAAAGACAUUGCGUUUGCAGAACAUGGUGACUACUGGAAACAAAUGCGAAAAAUUUGCAUAAUGGAACUUCUAAGUGCCAAAAUGGUCAAGUCAUUUAGCUCAAUUCGAAAGGAUGAACUCUCGAGUGUCCUCUCAUCAAUUGAUUCUGUUGGGGGUUCUAGUGAAGUGAGCAUGGCAGAAAAGAUUGUCCGGUUUACGAGCUCUGUGACAUGUAGAUUGGUGUUUGGAANAAUGUUCACGUUUAUUUGUUAG